UACAUGAAAAGACUCUAAGAAGAGUAGCACUUCAAUUUUCGGCCUCAGCCCAAAUUGCUUGGACCCGGCCAAGUGGCCCGAGUAUAUAAAAACAGCAGCCGAAAUAUAGAGUAUAAUCUGUUAAAAAUGACUACUUCACUUUGCUCACAAUUCUUUCAUGCUGUUACCAACCCACUACCCAUGGCUACAAAGCAAGCUCUGUCCGCGCGAAUACUAAAACUACAAUUUCAACGUUCCAUUAUAAGGCCUACACAGCCUCAUUAUUAUCAAAAUUGUUGUUACAGUAACACAGUGAAUGCCUGUAUUGGUUCAAAAGAACUUAGAAGCACAGACCUUGUAGCUUUGGAGUAUGCUGAGCUUAAUCUCACUGAUAAAACCUCUGGGGAACUGGGUCAUGUUAGAAUCAGGCAACAUGUGAACCCUUUGAGUUCAUCUUUUUCUGUGCCGGCGUUGGUACCUAAUUGGAAGGAAGUUUUCAAGGACCCGACAUUACCACUCAUGGUGGAUAUCGGAAGUGGGAGUGGCAGGUUUCUCAUAUGGCUUGCAAGAAAGAAUCCAGAUUCAGGAAAUUAUUUGGGAAUUGAAAUACGGCAAAAGCUGGUCAGACGUGCUGAGCUUUGGGUAAAAGAGAUGGCUCUUGGUAACAUAUAUUUCCUCUUUGCAAAUGCUACAGUUUCUUUCAGACAACUGGUUCUCGAGUACCCUGGACCUUUGAUGUUUGUUUCAAUUUUGUGCCCAGACCCCCAUUUCAAGAAAAGGCAUCACAAGCGAAGGGUUGUGCAGAAGACAUUAGUGGAUUCUAUCACUGAUAAUUUAAUGCUUGGAGGAAAGGUUUUUUUGCAGUCUGAUGUACUUGACGUGGCUCUCGACAUGAGGAAUCAAUUUGAUGCGGAGCCAGAUGUGCUUCAACACAUAGAUGAGAUUGAUCCAAGCAUGUCGUGUGAUAAUGACGGAUGGCUAUGUAAUAAUCCCUUGGGAAUAAGAACUGAAAGAGAAAUCCAUGCAGAAUUUGAAGGUGCAAAAAUUUACAGAAGGCUGUAUCAAAAGCGGACAUAAUAACUAACAAAAUCACGAGGCCAUUUACAUUCACUUAUGAACGUGCAAUUUGAACAUAAUAAAAAGAAAAAAACAGAGCAUAUUUUCCAUGAGGUGUCGGCUGCAAAGAAAGGACUGCCUUGCUGCCAGUUCUUUAAUUCAUGAAAUGAGUGUCAAUGUUGGUGAGUGUUGUAUAUCAAUUUUUUUUUUUUUUAAUCAUCAUAUUCACUUAUUGAGGAUGACGGGGUAAUAAAUUAGAAGAAAUUACCUGAGAAAUCUGAUGGAAAGAAAAUACCAUGUUAGCUUCCUCUUUUUCUUUUUGUCUGAAACGAAGCUUCCUCCUUCUCUUUUCUUUAUUACUACUUCUACACAUAACAUAUAAAAGGGAGAAUGAUUUUCUAUUCCCUAUCAAAAAUAAAAGUUUGUGUAUCGAGUGUAAAUA